GUGUACAUGUUUAAGUACGACUCCACUCAUGGAAGAUUCAAGGGAACUGUUGAGGCAAAAGAUGGCAAGCUUGUCAUAAAUGGCAAAUCAAUCUUUUUCCAUGCAUUGAAAGACCCAAGCGUAAUUCCAUGGAGUGAAAGCGGUGCUGAAUAUGUUGUUGAGUCAACUGGUGUUUUCACAACGACAGAAAAGGCCAGCGCUCACUUGAAGGGCGGGGCCAAAAAGGUCAUCAUUUCAGCCCCCUCAGCUGAUGCUCCCAUGUUUGUGAUGGGAGUGAAUGAGGACAAGUAUGAUCCAAAAUCUAUGACAGUUGUUAGGUAUGUUGAUAGAUUGUGCUUUAUAGAAGUUUUUUUUAGUCGUGAUGGUCUUGAAAUGAGUAGUAUCACUUUUGGUGAAUUUUCAAUUCUUUGACUGAAGAGCAUGAUAUUGAAAUUAAAAAUAAACUCAAUUAUGAAAAAACCAUGGUCAAAAUUUAUUAUAACAUAGCUAGUAGAAUAUUCACCUAAUCAAAUUCAAUAGCACGAGCAUGCUUCAUAUUCCCAUUGAGCAUGCUGAUGACGUCAACAAACUAUACCUUGAGUUCUUGUGAGCUUAGCAAUCCUCCCAAGACGUCUCCUAAGUGCAUCGGUAACUCAACAGUACACUAUGAAGCGUUAACCAUGUGUUUUAUAAAGAGAACACUUUUGGAUUUGUCAAUCAAUAGUAGGGAAAAGAGGUGAGUGUUGUUGUUGUUGUUGUUGUCGUCUCCGCGAACUGUGCGGGCUGUGGUGUGUGCAAAUCAAUUUUUUGCACUUGGGAAGUUUGGAGAGCACUCAAGAAGCUCGAGUAACUCUUACGCUUCUUUCGUGCUCUCCAAACUUCCCCGCGUGCUCAAUAUCUUGACAUACACACGCUGGCGCAUGAACUAAUUGUUAACUCUUCCAAGGAACACUUGACCAGUUUUAACUUUACCUCUUGCGACCUGUGACAUUUUUUUUUUUACCCCUAGCAAUGCAUCAUGCACAACCAACUGCCUUGCUCCUUUAGCCAAAGUCAUAAAUGACAAUUUUGGAAUAGAAGAGGGUUUAAUGACCACGAUCCUGGGAUGCUUAUACUGCCACACAGAAGACUGUUAAUGGACCGAGUGGAAAGGUAUGUGCCAAGCAAAGCUUCCAAAAAAAUCUGUAAAAUGAGAGCUACAUGUGUUAACCACAUCAAAAGAGAACUUCAAAACACCCCAUUUUUCUGUAGAUAAGUGUUAAAGGUUGGAACACUUGGUCACAAGAUGCAGUUAAACAUGUUGCAGCAUUAUGUGAUGUUGCAGGGACAAAUUACUUUUUGCUUAUUUCAAAAAUCUUUCUGAAAAUCUUGUCCCUGCAACAGAAUUUUGCCACAGACUGCAACAAGUUGCACAUAAUCAAACCAGAGGGCACAAAGAGAUUUGUUGCUGCAAAGUGUCAUGCUACCUGAUGCCUGAAUUGUACACAAGGAGUGCUUUUUUGGGAAGACAUGUUGCCUAGUGUGUUCCAACUUUAAUAAGUUUUCCCCUACCAUUUUGCUAACAAUCCAGUUUAGAUUAUUUGGCAAAUAAUUUCUGGGAUAUGAACCAAGGGUGGUGUUGAAAAAUACAUCAUGUUUGAACUUUGCAUAUUUCCCCUUUUUCUCCAUCCCAGAAAUGGCGUGAUGGCCGCGGAGCUCAUCAGUGAGAAUGUAAUUCCAGCAUCUACAGGUGCUGCUAAGGCUGUUGGGAAGGUUAUCCCUGAACUGAAUGGAAAGCUGACUGGUAUGGCAUUCCAUGUUCCUGUUCCAGAUGUCUCUGUGGUGGAUCUUAUCUGCAGACUCAAGAAGGGGGUAAGGCGCUGCCUCAUUGUAUGUUGAACAGCACUUUUGGUUUUAUUGUGUUGAUGACCUACAUGUAGUGUGACACCAGUCAGAGCCUUUUUUUUUAAACAUUUCAUCAGCCCUCAGUGGCCAAUUCCAAAAAUGAAUGACAGUCGAACCUCCAUAUAAUAUGUGACCACAUAUUAAAAACACGAGGGUUUUCCCAGUUAAAGCCUUAGAGUUGGACCCUGUCUUAAACGACCACUUCUUGUAACCAACUGCUACUACUUUUUGGGGAUAAUGGUUAAAUAACUUUCCUUUGUUUUUAAGCUUUUUAAAGGGAUCACUUGAUGUUUGAUUUAUGUGUUAUGCUACUUAAAGUAUAAAAAGAUCUUCUAGCAACAACCAUAACUACACACAUUGCAACUUAGAAAUUGCAUGCCGUCAAUUAUCUUCCAUAAUGUAGAUGUGAUCGGACCUCUUCUCAGAAAAGAACCCCUGUGGUUUGAUUCUUGUAAGUUAUCGACUGUAAGUGACCACCAAAUCUGCUCAUUUUGGGUGGCCAUUUAAGGGAAGUUUGACUGUAAUUUUAAAUAUAGACUGGAAACAUAAAUUUUUGUUCUGAAAUAUUUUGGCUGAAUCACACAGCCUUCAACAGUUGAUUGUACAUGGUUUUGUCGCUGUCACAAGACCUUAGAGCAGCCAUUUGACAGGAGUAUGGUAUUGUAGAUGUUCGGGUGCUCCAUUAACUGUUAGGCUCUCAACCAAAAUGUUUGAGGUUACAUUAAAUGGUGGUAGCCUAUAUCGUGCAUUAGAAUUAAACAUCCUAUCUGUCUCACAGUAAAGUGAGCAGACACAAAAAGGACCGUGGCAGAUGCAAGAUGGCCUUUAGUAACAAAUGUCUAUAAUUGCACACAAUUGUCUAGUUGGUAAAAAAAAUUAAUUCAUAAGGUCUAUGGAAGCUGUGAUAAAAAAUAAUACGUUCAAACCUCUCACAAUGGCCACAAGAAAUUGGUCAGUGUAGAGAGGUGGCCAUUGUAGAGAGGUUUUAACAAGGGUCAAUGUAUGGACAGUCUGCCAAAAAAAAAUGGCUGUUGUAAAGUGGUGGCCAUUUUAGACAGGUGGGGGCCAUGAAAUAAUGAAGGUUUGACUGUAUUUGAUGCAAAGCCUACAUUAAAUAAGGCUUACAUUGUUAAAAACAAAAUUAAAACUGAACAUUCAAGCCAUGCAGUGUUUUGCUUAUAGCGUUCUUUUGUAGCAACUUCGCACCAAUUUCCCGUUGUACUAAUUUACAAAUAAGUUACAUCCCAUUUUCUUUUUCAUUCAUUCUUUCUUUCAUUUCUUUUCUGUUGUAGGCAUCAUAUGAUGAAAUUAAGGCAGUGAUGAAGAAAGCAUCAGAAGAUCCAGCACUUAAAAAAUACCUUGGAUACACUGAUGAGCAAGUUGUAUCCACUGACUUCAUUAGCAGCACUUGUUCUUCAGUCUUUGAUGCUGCGGCUGGAAUUUCUCUGAAUCCAAAUUUUGUUAAGCUUGUAGCCUGGUAAGCAAAAGCAUGCGCCUUAAAAGUCCUUGAAUGUCCUUGAAUUCAAGCUAGGCCUUGAAAGAGCUUGAAAAUUGCAGUUGGUGCUCUAAAGUCCUUUCAAUUUUGGUAGUAACUUUAUGUGACCCAGAUUCUCAAGUGCUUGAAACAAACAAACACAGAAAGACCUUCGGGAUAAAAUUGCUCAUGUUGUGAAAGAACUAAAAAAGACAUAGACUCAAGGCUCUUUGUUACACUCAAUGGGGUCCUUGAAAAGUGGAAAUUGUUUCCUUGAAAAGUCCUUGAAUUUUUUGCUCAAAACAGUGUACUAACCCUGGUUUUUGUACGUGACUUGAGUUGGGAACAGUUGUUGUUAGAGGGGAUGGGGUGCUCCUUGCUGUGGGGCUCUGAGAGUAAUGACUCCCUUUAUUUUAAGUUGUGACGGAGUCUGAGUCAGAGUUGUAUACCAGUAUAUACAGCUCUCUCGGGAGCUAACAAAUACAGUAGUACAAAUACAAUAGUCUGCUAUGGCAUCACCAGCAGCAAACACUGUACCACCUCCUUGGUUUUUGAGUGGCGCUCUUACUUUGAAGUUGAAUGUUGAGUUGUGCAGUCUAAAACUUUUGAUCCCUAAGAUGAAUGAUUAAUAAUAAGUGCCUUUUACGGCUUAUAAGGGAAGCAUAAAGCAGUUGUUUUUAGGCCAUCUUUGAUUUGAGGGUAUGAAGAUACUGCAAAAUCCUGAAUGCAUUUUAAAUUAAUUAAUGUGUUAUGAAGUGUUUGUAUUCAUACUGUCUGACCCUCUAUUAGUAAUAACUUGGUUAAGUUAUUCAUAGGCAAGGUCAGCAAAAUCGUUCUCAAAAUUUUCUGUCUUUUUUCCCAGGUAUGAUAAUGAAUAUGGCUAUACAGCCACCGUGUUGUGGAUCUUAUCAAGUACCUUGCUGGCAAGGAGUGAACACCUUGUUCCAGGCCAUCGUAAUUUAAAUUUCUCGAACCACCGUGUUAACGUUAGUUCUGUUUACACCUUUUUCUUUCUUGAUUAUGAUUCUCGAGAUUAAAUGGAAGUUUUUGUAACCAAUUUCUGUGGUCCAAAAGAUGUUCUCACACCCUCGUUGUGGCUCCAGUGUUAAAACAUUAUUGAUCAGCCUCAGCUGACUCAUCCCUGUUAUUGUGUAAGAAAAUCUUCCAGGACAAUGGGCAGAGUUGCAGAAAAUUUCACUUGAUCUUGAGUUGCAGCCGCUAGCUUAGACUUCCAACCACAGGUUCAGAGGUUCAAAGCUGCCCUGAAGUAAAACAGGGACUCUUCUUAAGAUCGAGGUGCGAUUUAGUAGAAAGUUUGUGCCAGUGGAUUGUAAAGUUACUUAUAUCAGGCCUAAAACAUGCACUGUUUGGGCAAUACAAAGGUGUCAAAACAAGAUGUAACUUUAACAUUGUGGUGAAAUCUUUGUGGUGGGCCUCAUCAUCAGUUCAGAAAAUGACUGAAAUCUGACUUAUCAUGUGUGGUGUGUUUGUUGUCUGCUGUUGUUUCCUAGGAAU